AUGUCCGAAGACCCAAACACCACCUUCCUCCCCGAAGACAGGGACGACGCCACAGACUGGCUCAACUCCCUCCUCAACAAAAACCUCCGAGUCUCCGUGACUGACGGCCGCAUGUUCUGGGGCCAGUUCAAGUGUGUUGAUGCAGAAAGCAACAUAAUCCUCCACUCAGCCUACGAAUACCGCUUCCCCACCUCUUCCCAAGCCUACGAAAGCGCCACCUCCUCCUCCUCAGCAGGAAAAGUAAAAGUCGACCUCACCUCCCGCCAUUUAGGGUUGGUCGUCAUUCCAGGCCAGUACAUCACCAAGAUCGAGCUAGAGGAGUUUGCAAGUCAGGUUCGGGCGCGGAACAGGGGGUUUGGACAGGGGUUUCAUCCGGGGUGGAGAGACGGGGGGAUUUCCUAGGCGGAUAGUUCCAGAGUGAAUCGGGGGAGGGAUGAGGAUGGGGAGGUGGUGGGGGUUUCGGGGAGUGAGGGUGACGAUGAUGAUGGGGACGAUGACGACGACGAGGGUGAAGAGGGUGAGGGCGAACAUCAUUUUGAGGGAUCAUUCCCCUUCAGCAAUGAUCCUUCACGAAAUCAAGAUCAACAAGGCGUGAGGAACUCAAAUAAAGAAGAGGGCCGCUCCAGCUCAGACAAAUACAAAGACAACGACAAAGACAAAGACACGAAAAACGAUGGUCAUCAUGGGGAGGAGGAGGAUGAUGAGGACGAGUGGGUCACUACCUCUACCUCUACCUCCACCUCUACCUCUACCUCUACCUCUACCUCCACCUCUACCUCUACCUCUACCUCUACCUCUACCUCUACCUCUACCUCUACCUCUACCUCUACCUCUACCUCUACCUCUACCUCUACCUCUACCU